ACAGCUCUUCUUGGAUCCCUCGUGGAACCUACACAUAGGUCCGAAUCGAGAUGACCUGUACAGUGUCCUGAUCUAGCUGUGCACCUUAAGAAGUCAGGCUAUGUUUGCUUUGAGUAUCAAUAUCGUGGACAACAACAUCUUCUUUGAGUCUUUAUUCAAAAUGAUCAGUGCCAGGAGAUGGAUACCACGACUGACAAGUGGGUAAAACUCACAGACAAUGGAGAAUGGGGCUCUCAUUCUGUAAUGCUGAAAUCUGGCACAAACAUACUCUACUGGAGAACCACAGGCAUCCUCAUGGGUUCUAAGGCAGUUAAGCCUGUGCUGGUAAAAAAUAUCACAAUUGAAGGGGUGGCGUAUACAUCAGAAUGUUUUCCAUGCAAGCCUGGUACCUUCAGCAACAAACCAGGAUCAUUCAAUUGCCAAGUGUGUCCCCGAAACACCUAUUCUGAGAAAGGGGCCAAAGAAUGCAUAAGGUGUAAAGAGGAUUCUCAGUUUUCAGAAGAAGGAUCCAGUGAGUGUGUAGAUCGCCCUCCCUGUACCACAAAAGACUACUUCCAGAUCCAUACUCCAUGUGAUGAAGAAGGAAAGACACAGAUAAUGUACAAAUGGAUAGAGCCCAAAAUCUGCAGGGAGGAUGUCACAGGUGCUAUUAGAUUGCCCCCUUCUGGAGAGAAGAAGGAUUGUCCGCCUUGCAACCCUGGAUUUUAUAAUAAUGGUUCAUCUCCUUGUCAUCCCUGCCCUCCUGGGACUUUUUCAGAUGGAACAAAGGAAUGUAGACCGUGUCCAGCAGGAACGGAGCCCGCACUUGGGUUUGAAUAUAAAUGGUGGAAUGUCCUUCCUGGCAACAUGAAAACUUCCUGCUUCAAUGUUGGGAAUUCAAAGUGUGAUGGAAUGAAUGGUUGGGAAGUGGCUGGAGAUCACAUCCAGAGUGGAGCUGGAGGUUCUGAUAACGAUUACCUGAUAUUAAACUUGCACAUCCCAGGAUUUAAACCACCAACAUCUCUGACUGGAGCCACAGGUUCUGAACUAGGGAGAAUAACAUUUGUCUUUGAGACCCUCUGUUCUGCGGACUGUGUUCUAUACUUCAUGGUGGAUAUUAAUAGAAAAAGUACGAAUGUGGUGGAAUCAUGGGGUGGAACCAAAGAAAAACAAGCAUAUACCCACAUCAUCUUCAAGAAUGCAACAUUUACAUUUACCUGGGCAUUCCAGCGAACUAAUCAAGGCCAAGAUAAUAGACGGUUCGUCAAUGACAUGGUGAAGAUUUAUUCCAUCACAGCCACUAAUGCAGUGGAUGGGGUGGCGUCUUCAUGCCGUGCCUGUGCCCUCGGUUCUGAACAGUCGGGUUCCUCAUGUGUCCCCUGCCCCCCAGGCCACUACAUUGAGAAAGAGACCAACCAGUGCAAGGAGUGCCCACCUGGCACCUACCUGUCUAUGCAUCAAGUCUAUGGCAAAGAGGCUUGUAUUCCCUGUGGGCCUGGAAGUAAAAGCACUCGGGACCAUUCAGUUUGCUACAGUGACUGCUUUUUCUACCAUGAAAAAGAAAACCAGAGUUUGCACUAUGACUUCAGCAACCUCAGCAGUGUGGGUUCAUUAAUGAAUGGUCCCAGCUUCACCUCCAAAGGAACAAAAUACUUCCAUUUCUUCAACAUCAGCUUAUGUGGGCAUGAGGGGAAGAAGAUGGCUCUCUGUACCAACAACAUAUCAGACUUUACAGUAAAAGAAAUGGUGACAGGAUCAGAUGAUUACACCAAUUUGGUAGGAGCAUUUGUGUGCCAGUCAACUAUUAUUCCUUCUGAAAGUAAGGGUUUCCGAGCAGCCUUAUCAUCCCAGUCCAUCAUUCUAGCAGACACAUUUUUAGGAGUGACCGUUGAAACCACUUUGCAAAACAUUAAUAUAAAGGAAGAUAUAUUUCCAGUUUCUCCAAGCCAAAUACCAGAUGUGAAUUUCUUUUAUAAGUCUUCCACAACUACAACAUCUUGUAUUAAUGGCCGAUCAACUGCCGUGAAAAUGAGGUGUAAUCCUACUAAACCUGGAGCAGGUGUGAUUUCAGUCCCCAGCAAGUGUCCAGCAGGCACCUGUGAUGGAUGUGCAUUCUACUUCCUGUGGGAGAGUUCUGAAGCUUGUCCUUUGUGCACAGAGCAUGACUUCCAUGAGAUUGAGGGAGCCUGCAAGAGAGGACUUCAGGAAACCUUAUAUGUAUGGAAUGAACCUAAAUGGUGCAUUAAAGGAAUUACUUUGCCUGAGAAAAAGUUGUCUACCUGCGAAACAGUUGACUUUUGGCUCAAAGUGGGAGCAGGUGUGGGAGCUUUCACAGCUGUUUUGCUGGUGGCUCUAACUUGCUACUUCUGGAAAAAGAAUCAAAAAUUGGAGUAUAAAUAUUCCAAAUUAGUAAUGACAACAAACUCUAAAGAGUGUGAACUCCCAGCUGCAGACAGCUGUGCUAUCAUGGAAGGAGAAGAUAAUGAAGAGGAAGUUGUAUAUUCCAAUAAACAGUCACUGCUUGGAAAACUCAAAUCUUUGGCCACAAAGGUGAGAGCAGAAUUUUAG